AUUUAACACUGUUUCUAACGGAUUGUUUGUAGCAUUAUUUAGUACAGUUUUAAAACUCAUGAAACAUUGCAUUUGAGUUCAAUUGUUAUCAUUAUUUAUCGUUCCCGUUACGAUUGCUGUUAGAUUAGUAUUAUUAAUUAUUAUGUAUUGAUUUUAUCACACUAUUGCUUAAUUUUUCAUAUCAUGUUUUGGUUCUUGUUAUUCCUGGCAAUGACUUUGGAUUUGGUAGUGAAUUCUUAUAUACGAUAUACGUACGGACUUAUGUGUGUAUUUGUGUGUUGCUAGGAGCUAAUUGAUCAUCGCAUGGUGGUUUGCAAACGAACAGUUAAUGAUGUGCUGCAUACAGUGGACUUUGUGCAUCCUAGUGGGCAGUGUAUGUUUCGAACUUGUGAACAGGAGAAGGGGAAAGUCAUUUUUCAAUUGGGUACAGCAGACCCUGGACGAGCUGUAAAAGUUGCACAACUAGUAGAAAAGGAAGUUGCUGGAAUUGAUAUCAACAUGGGGUGCCCCAAGAAGUUCUCAGUUGAGGGUGGAAUGGGAGCAGCAUUGUUGACAAAUCCAGAUAAAGUUCAGGAAAUUGUCUCAGCGCUAGUGAAAUCAGUAUCGAUACCAGUUAGCUGUAAGAUUAGGAUUUUGCCAACUAUUGACGAAACUGUUGCAUUGGCAAAAGUAAUAGAAGGUGCUGGGGCUGCUGCUUUGGCAGUGCACGGAAGACUUAUUUCUGAACGACCUCAACACAAAGUUCAUAUUGAUCACAUUAAAGCAGUUGCUGAGAAUAUCUCGAUCCCUGUUAUUGCAAAUGGUGGCUCUGUUGAUCAUAUCAAUGAGUACGCAGACAUUGAAACAUACAGACAAGUGACAGGUGCUUCAUCAGUAAUGAUUGCUAGAGCUGCUCAAUGGAACGUAUCGAUUUUUAGAAAAGAGGGUCUUCUACCAGUGAAUGAAGUUGCUAAGGCUUUUUUGCAUUAUGCUGUCCAGUACAACUCUCACUAUGCAAACGUGAAGUAUUGUCUAGCUCAAUUAUUGCGCAUAAGUCUUGAAUCGUCAGAGGGUAAAAGGUUACUGUCUGCUCACAGCUUGAAAGAGAUUUGUGCAAUCUGGGAGCUUUCUGACUAUUAUGAUGAAGUUGAAAAGACUUUAUGUGCUCAAGAAAAGGAGCUUUUGAUUGACAGAGAUUGUGUUCCUCUUGGCAACAGCUGCAAGAAACCUCGGCUGGAUGCAGAUGAUUCUGAGUAUGAUAUCUGCGAGUUACCUGUUCGAUGUACCAAAAUUGAAAUAAACUGCAAGGAACCACCUAAGACUCAACUCUACUGUUGGACAGUAAGACACAGAAUGAAGACUCCAUUCUAUCAAACGGUGUCUCGGGAAAGUGAUCGCCAGUUCAAGUCAACUGUUACUGUUGGGGAUAAGAAAUAUUCUUCCAGUUUAUGGUGUAAGAGCAAGAAACUAGCUGAACAAUCUGCAGCAACAGUUUGUCUAACAAUGAACUUACAGGUGACUAAAACAUAACAGCCAGGGAAGAUAAGCAUGAUGUCGGAUCAGAAAGAAGACCGUAAGACGCGUUGGUUUCAAAAAGCAUGCCACUAGUAUUAGCCAGCUUGACAGCAGAUUUGCAGAAAAGACAAGUACAGCAAGGGUACAAUUUCCAAGAACACUGCCUGCAACAGUUGGGUAAUGCGAAUAUUUGAAGCAUGGACAAGUAAACAAGGAUGCUCCACAAGAAGAGCAGGUACCGACAGACAGACUUUCUCUCAUCGAAGGAUUCACAACUAGAUGCAGCCAAACCACAGACGGAUUGUCAAAAGUCUGUUACAUUUACGUUGAGCACAUCCAAAAAUCAGUGGUGGACUAAGUGAUUUACGGCAUCCCAAAAAAAAGUCACAAGGUAAAUUAUAGUUCCAACGUGACUCUGUAAGGUAAUAGCAUUUUGUGGUUUGUGGUUUAUCAGAUACGCUAAUGAAGAAGCUGGUGACAGUUGCAACCUAAAAUUUUGGAUCUCUCUAUCUAAGUAAGUUGCCAGCAGGAUUUUCCUGAGAAGCCUUCUAUUAUAAACCUUUGUUAUCUACACCUUCAUUUGGUCCUUGGUAUUCAAAGCAAGUAAUCGGUCAUAACACUUUGGCUACAAUGAUGAAAGUGAUGACAGCUGAAGCUGGUCUUCCAGUUCGAAUCAACCACGCUCUUGAGCUACUAGUGCGACAAGGCUGUUUCAAGCGGGAGUUCCUGAACAUGUCAUUCAAGGCAGAACCGGCCACUAAACCCUGCAAGCACUGAGAUAAUAUCAAGAGCCAUCUGAAUAGCAGCAAAUGGCAGUGUGCAAAGUUUUGGAUAAUGGCCAUGCGCACACAGAUUACACUGAUGCAAAAGUCAAGAAGUCGGGAGAGACACAAAGUAGUCCAGGUUGAACAGCCGUCUGAAACAGAAAGAGAGAAUCCAUUUGUCAUUUCUGACUGCGUCUUUACAAACUGUAGUACUGUGAACAUUAUUAUUGGUAAAGAAUAAGCUUGUAAUCUAAAAUAGGUACGCCCAUGUAUUGAUUGCUAGUUUGUUGUUUUUGAUAUCUUUUUGCUUUAGGUUAGUUGUGUUUUAUGUCAGUAAGCAGUAUACAGAUAUUGACAGGUCAAUAAACGUUUAUUGACCAGUAAAUAUACAA